AUGCUCUUUGGAAGGGAACAAAAGACACAGAAGCGGCUGAUCCAAGACUGCACCAAGAAACAUGCCGCGUGUCAGACCUCCGACUCUACACCCUUUCUACCAUCACGACUCAUCGACAUCCGAGCGUAUCCAGAUGUCCGCCUAGUUUUGCAAAAUGAGAUAUCUGCUAAUGGACAAAAAGACCAAAGAUACGUGGCUCUGAGCUACUGCUGGGGAACGCGUAUGCCAGAGACGGGCAAAGCGACAACAGACAAGCUGGAAACUCUCGGGAAAGGAAUCGAACUUUCGCAACUUCCAGCAACACCACGAGAUGCAAUCAAGCUUACGAAUCUACUUGGAAUUCCCUUUCUUUGGAUCGAUUCGCUGUGCAUCCUCCAAGACGACAAGCAAGACUGGGCGAGAGAAGCUUCUCUUAUGAGCAAAGUCUACUCAAGAGCGUACAUCACCAUUGCGGCAGGGGCUUCAGACCACUGUGAUGGCGGGUUCAUCAAGGCUUCGUAUUCCAAGAAGGACUUGCCGGUUCCUCGAAGAGGAGGUUACGGCAUGGAGUGGGACUUUACGACACCUGCUGAAGAGCCAAACCCUUGGAUUCGGUCUUUCUUUAGGAAUCCACUCUUUUCUAGGGGAUGGGUGCUUCAAGAGCGCGAGUUAUCACCUCGGAUUCUCUACUUUACGACUACCCACGUCGUCUGGGAGUGCAGAGAGGAAGUUUGCUCGUACAUCCGCCCUCUAAACCGCCUGCCAAGCCCGAAGAUCAAGUAUCUCGACCUGGACCACUUCUCUUCGGCCUGGCCAUUCCGUUGCUUCGAUGUUCCUUCUGAUGGCAAGGGAUUUGCCAUGGUACGAUCUGGCCGAGCAUGGCCAGAGAAAGCGACGUUGGUCCGCUUCAAGACGUGGCAGUCUAUGGUCGAGGAUUACUCACGACGGCGCUUGACGGUCCCGACUGAUAAGCUCCCUGCUAUUGAUGGUCUCGCGAUGGAGGUACAAAAGCUUCUGCAGUGUGAUUACCUCGCUGGACUUUGGAGGGGAAACUUGAUGAGUGAUCUGCUCUGGGAGAGGGCUGGGCCUGAAGUGAUGCAUGCGGCACUCGACUCAUCAGCGUACUACGCUCCUUCAUGGUCCUGGGCCUUGACAAACUUUCCAAUCAUUUUCAGGUAUGAUGCAGAUGAUGACGAUGCUGAGAUCCUUGAUGCGGGUGUCACGAAGAGCGAGACUGGAGAUGGGCUAGUCUCGGGGUUCAUCCGCAUGCGCGCGAGGGUACUUGAGGUGCCCAAGAGCCACUCCAUUCGCUUCACUCCUGACAAUAUCGAGAAAGAGGCCCGAGAAAUAUGCACAGUCUGCAUCUUACGAACAAGGGAGAUGCGGGAGGAACAGUGGGGAGGUAGAGAAGGACAGCAGCUAGUACAAGGUUAUCGACCAGCAGGUGGACGAGGUCUGAUGCUUGAAGCGGUUAAAGGAAGUGAUUCAGAGUAUAGACGCGUGGGAACCGUUGCGUGGGUGCCUAUCGAGAUGUUGGAGGGUGUCGAGUAUCAAGAGUUUUCCAUCAUUUAA